GAGCUGUAGAAGUUUUGAUCAGGCUGAUAUUUGUGUUUCUCUAUCAUCCAGGUUCAUGUCACCUUAUGAACAGGUUGGAUGGCGAAAAGACAUCAUGGUGGGCCCUAAGAAGGUUUCAAUGGUGGGUGUCAUUGUCACGGCUACUUCCUGUGGUGUGGCCCAGAUCAGCAUUUGAUCUGCUUCAAUUUUGGCAUUGUACCCUAAAAUGAUCUGGAAAAAUUGAUGGACGGUGUGGAUAAAACUCAUGCAUCACAGUGGGUCCCACAAGGCCCCUGCCUUCAAGACGCAAUUCGCUUUCAAACGCAUGCCAGUUUCUAUUCAAAUAAUUAAAAGAAAGAAAUGUAUAAAAUGGUGUGUUUUAUUUUGAUGAGAAAUCUCCAUACGAUUUUCUAAGAAGAAGAGAAUAAAAGGGUGGAGAUGUUGGAGAAGAUUGGAUCGUCGGUAAAGCCAUCGAUGCGAGGAAGCAAUUGGGUGGUGGAUGCGUGUCAUGGGCCUGGCUGUUCAUCUCAAUUCACCUUCUUGAAUAGAAAGCAUCAUUGUCGCAGAUGUGGAGGCUUGUUUUGCAACAGUUGCACCCAGCAGAGAAUGGUUUUACGUGGGCAAGGUGAUUCACCAGUGCGGAUAUGCGACCCUUGCAAGAAACUAGAGGAAGUGGCAUGCUUUGAGUUGCGUUAUGGAAACAAAAAUAAAGCUGGCAAAGAUAGAGACUUCGGUAAUGAUCGUUGUACAUGGGUACCAAUGCUGCUUGGUUGCAAUGAUGUGUGGACAAAGAAGCUGGAGAUAGCUGUAUUGGCCAAGCAAGGAGAUCCUGAACAUCUCUAUCAGGUUCGCCACAUGGUCCUCGGCCAUGGUGCUCUUAAUGAGUAUGUCGUCGACAUAAAGUUCCAUAGUUUUCCCGAUCUUCUUGGUGAACAUCUUGUUCACUAG